UUUAUCUAGACGAUAAUUCUGGGAGAGUACAACUAAAAUUUUACUUUGACCCCCACCCUAGUUAGCAACAUAGCAGUAGACAGUCACAUGAUGAUGGGUGUGUGUGCGUCUCUGUGAAUAUAUCAAUAUAUGAAGUAUCUAUUUCUUUAAUAAUUACAAAUUAAUAUAAUUUCUUUGUAAAAUAUAUUGAUUAUCACAUACAUACUUAGUGUAAAGAAGAAGAUUCUACUCAGAUUAAAAAAAUGGCUCAAAUGCGAAAUAUAUUAGGAACCACUUUUGUGAUUACUGCUUCUAUUACAAUCAUAAUUUUAGUGUUAUAUCAUGUAUUUACUGGUAAAGGUGAACGUGUCAGCAUUGCAUGGUUUUUGGAAGGUACAUCACCAUAUAUGUGGGCUACUUUAGGUAUUGGAUUUGCAGUUGCGUUAUCUGUUGUUGGUGCAGCAUUAGGCAUCCAUACAACAGGAGUAUCUAUUAUUGGUGGUGGUGUAAAAGCACCUAGAAUAAAGACCAAAAAUUUAAUUUCUGUGAUAUUUUGUGAAGCAGUAGCUAUUUAUGGUUUGAUUACUGCCAUUGUAUUAUCUGGCAUGCUUGAUGAAUUUACUUAUGAAAAAGUUAAUUUACCCGAGAAUUCUGACGUGAAAAGUCAGAAUUGGAUGGCAGGUUAUUUGAUGUUUGGAGCAGGAUUUGCAGUAGGUCUUGUUAAUCUAUUUUGCGGCAUAGCUGUAGGUAUUGUUGGUUCUGGUGCAGCAUUAUCUGAUGCAGCAAACUCUGCACUUUUUGUUAAGAUUCUUAUAGUUGAAAUAUUUGGAUCAGCUAUAGGUCUCUUUGGAUUAAUUGUAGGUAUUUAUAUGACAUCAAAAGUGAAAAUGGGGAACAAGGCAUAAAUGCAUUUAUUAAAACAAUGCCUGAAAUAAUACAUUAUGAUUCAUCAUGUUUCAUUCCAUAUUUUAUCAUUAUUGGGUAAAUAAAUAUAGAAAAACAGACUUCUUUAAUAUUAUCAAUAGAUAUCAAAAUGUUUCAUAGAUGAUGCACAUAAAAUAUAACUUCGUGUAACAUAGACAUAAGACAAGUUUUUUGGACUUAUUUGUGGACAAACAUUUGAAUGUUUGACAACUUCCUGUGUAUUGCUGAUUUUUUGGCAUUGUCACAUUCAUUAUUGUAAUUUAAAGUAUAUUAUAAUAAUUUAAGUUAUAAUGCUUUAAUUGAUAUAUAAUUUAAUGUACAUAUUUAAUGUUCAUUUUCCAGUUGCAUUUGUGUUCAUAAGAAUAACAAAUAUGAAUCAGGAAAUAUUUUUAAUCAUAUAAAAUUCUCUUUCUUCGUAAAGUUUGUAAUAUAACAGUUAUUGCAAUAUUUACAAAUAAUACGAUUUAUCUUACCAUUAAAUGGAAGUUUGAGAAUGAGUUAAGAUUCAUAGAGAGAAUAAAAAAUAUUUAUUCAACACUGUAUAAAAAUAUGAAUGAUUGUAUAAAUAACAAUAUAACAAAUAUGUUAAAUGUAAAAUAUAUAAAAUAGUGAUGUUAUUUGUGUAUAAUAUACCUUAUAAACAACAUUUAAGUAGGCACUAAUAUUUAUAAUUUACAUAUAACAUUUGCAUAUGUCUUAGAAUUUCAGAUUAUUUACUUAUUAAUAUUGUGUGAAUUGUUUUUAAUGCUUUCUUUAAGCUUUUCACAUAAUUAUUGGCAUUACGAUUACCUUGAUAACUACUAACCAUAGUUUCCAGCUUAUGAUCUUGUACACAGUACCUAAAAAAUACAUUGUUUUUUGUAGAAGAAAUAUUUUAAUUUUACAUUUGAAAGAAUUUUACCUUAAUAUCUUUAUACUGUUAUAUAUCUUGAAAUUAAAAAUAUUAAUUUACCCAAUUCCAUAUCCAUCAUUUACAACAGGUCCAAAACCGCCGGAAAGUAAUGCAGGACUUGCUAAAGUAGAUGUAGACAAUACAUUAUGGUUUAAAGUAUCAUAUGAUGGAUCUUCAAAUAUAGCAGGCUUACGUAUGCCUAAUUCGUCACAUAUGCAUUUUAAGGCAAAUAAGUGUCUAUCAAAUGCCUGUCCUGUAAUAGUAUGAUAAUAAUAUAUUAACAAAUGAUUUUUAUAAAGUAAAAAAACAUUUAAAAGUUAAGAAUUAAUUGAAUUUACCCAUGGCAGCUUCUUUUAUAAGUAUACCAUGUAUAUUACUGCAAUCAAAAAUCAAUUUUUUCAGUUCUGCUGUAGAAAUAUCCAAUUUCUUCUCUGUCAAAGCUAUACAAGCAGCUUUAGUUUGCAAUGUACAUGAUCUAAUAGUUUCAGUGCGUCCACGUUUGAAAGCUGCAGUACUGCAAGAUUCAUAGGUCGGUACCAUUUGACCUUCCUGUUCAUAUAAUGCUAAUUGAAACGCCAACUGCAUUAUUGCAUCUGGACUAAUUCCUAUUUUUUUACAUUCAUUUUUUCCAAAUCCUUCAUAUAUGAUAUGAUCAACAAGUAAUUGUUUUGUCCACUUAUCAUAAUUUUUUUGUUCUUCAUUAAUAAUGUCUUUAAUCUUUGAAUCUAGUACAAAUUCCAGUUUUUCAACUUUUAAGGCAUGCCUACUAGAGAGAUCUUUUACAUCUUCAGGAUGAAAUCUUGGUUUUUUUGACAUAUCUGCUUUUAUAUCCUACAACAAUAUAAAAUAGUGCAUUAAAAUUCUUAUUUUCUUACAUUAAAAUGUUUUAUAUCAAUAUUAAUAAAUUUAUAUUAAUCCUUGUCCUUUGUAUCUUACAUUGAAAAAUCUAAGAACUGCUACUCCAUCUCCCCAAGAAUGUUCAAAAUUCAAACCAGCAUAUCCAUCUUUUGUAACAAUUAAAGAAAAAGAUUUAUCAAACCAACGAUUUGUUCCAUCACCAUGAAGGUAUGACUUUUGUAAUUUGUUGGGAUCUUCACCAAUAUGAUUAUCAUCCAAUAUCAAAAUAAAUAUAGCUGAAUCUA